CUGAUGAAGAAGAAGAUUUUGAUGAGUUAGACAAAUCUGAAGAUCCUGUUGAUUCUGAAUUUGAAGCUCAAAGCUUAGAAAUUGAAAAUUUAAUACUCCAAGAUUGCAAUUGUACAACUCUUGAACUAUUUGAUAAAAAAGCUUUUAUGCAGUAUAGGCAGUAUGAUUAUAAUAAAUAUGUAGAAUUGUAUUUGAAUUGUAAACAAAGGAAUGAAUAUGAUAGUAUGAAAAUUAUUUAUAAGAAUAGUGAAUAUCAUGCCAAAGAGAAUAUAAAGUAA